CACCUGAUCUAUUCACGUACCUGGUCGGGCAUGUAUCUUAUAUAUCUAACCCACUGUGCCGCCUUGCUCUCUGUAACCUCUAUUGUGCACAUCAGUGUGUAUGCAUCAAUCUUGUAGAGUUGCAGCUUAGACGCCCCGAAAACGAAACCAUCCAGAGUGAAUAGCCCUCCCAAACGGACUAAUCGUGUUAGUGGAUGUGAGCGGAUUCCUACUCCUACCACAAUACAAUUUCACCCUGACCCUCCCAUUAUUGAAUACUCUUCACAACCUCAUCCGAACUCUUCCUACCACCACCUUCGCCACUGCCUCUUCUUUUUGUAAGUGCAAAAAUACAAAUCUAACCUCUUCUCCACACAGUAAAGCGCCCAAGUGAAGCAUUGACAAAGAACACACAACACCCAAGCCGCGCCAAACAAACGGAAAGAUGUAUCCUCUCACUACACCGGACUCGAGCCGUAGCACUGGUAACCAGGUCCUCACACUCACACCAGAAAAUUCAUGCAUUCACCGUGGCCCGUCUCAUGCAAACACCCCACCCCAUAUAAACACAUCACAUCACUUUCAAAGCCCGUCCCCACCACACACACCUCACACGCCAGCAAGUACAGCUCCGAAUUCUUGCACUGUCGACGAGCCAUUAUACACCAGAGUAGCUGUACACACCGCCAAGUGUACCGAGUGCGACAAACGCAACAUGGACACCAUGCGGCGCUGCCCCGGCUGCACUUUUCAAGUCUGCCAGCCGUGCUAUGAGAAGCGUCAACGCCAAGGUAAGGGACUUGUCCACGGCAAUAUGCCAUCCCCCGAGGAGACUGGAGUUGCGACUCCAAGUGGUACUGGAGCGAGAGCAUCGAGGAAGAAGCCAGUAGGUAGUGCGGUCAAGGCCAGUAGUUCGCAGAAGGACGUCGACGAGGAAGAGUCGAAGGAGUGUGAGGAAAGUGUCCAGAAGGCAGGCAAGCACACCCCGUCUGUACCCAAGUCGAAAGCAACGAAGCGGUCGCGCGGCCGCUCUUGCAUUGAAGACAGCGAGGCGGAAGAGUCUUCAGAGGGCGAGCUCGACCCAGACCACGCAUCCCCAACUCCUAGUAAACGCCAUCAGACCCUCUCCUUCGCAGAGAGUGCUCUCGCGACCGCCACCAGAGCACCGCCAACCACUCGUGCUGCUCUUCGAUCAAACCCAAGUAUAGCGUACCUAGCACCUUCAACUCCACAGUCAGAGACUGCGCGGCCCCGGGUCCUAGUCGCUCACUCACGCGAAGACUAUCCCUAUAACGAUCUUUUGUAUCAAAACUGCGUCCUUGGCUACGACGAGCCGCUGCUAGCCCGCCGCGAGCCCGUUACAUACAACCCUACCGGACGCAUCCCAGCCAUCAUCCAGCGAAGCGGCCACCGUCGACCCACAGCCGAUGAGAUCUACCAGAACAUCCAGAAAAAGGUUCGGGAAAGGCUGGAGAAGAUGCAUGCUGAGAAAUCUGCCCCCGGCCCUGAAACGCCCAGUGUACCCGCUCCAAACGUAAGUACCCCAGACGCCAAGACCGCCACCACUGUCCGCGAUUUCGUUGAGAAAGAAGCGAUGAGACACCAAGACGCCAACAUCCUUGACGAAGACGACAGCAAAGCCCUGUUCCGUACCAUGCAGGGUGCAGCAUUGGCAUGGGGAAAGAAGACGUUUAAGAAACAGGAACCUGCGAUGCAGCGUCUGCUACUUCCUGGCUUGAAUCUGCAACUUGACAGGAUCCCCGAUAAGUACACUACGGAACUGCGCGUCUUGAUGGAUGGCGUCGCGGAGCACACGUUACAUGAGUUGGAUGAAGCGGCGACUUUGUCUACGACCUCGCCACCACAUCCGUCCGGCUGA